GAGAACAAAUAAAAAUAAAAAGACGACUCAGCUUUCCUAUAAAUACCAUCCAACCUCUCCCUUUCUUCAUGCCUCUUCUUUGUUUCUUAUUUCCUCCAUUUUCUAAAAUAUUUAAAACAGUAUUGUUGCUAACUUAAUUUCUUGUAAUGGAUUUCUCUCCUAUCAAUUGCCUCAUUUUCGAUUUGGAUGACACAUUAUACCCUCUCAAAACCGGAAUAGCGCCAGCUGUCAAGAAAAAUAUCGACGAUUUUCUAGUGGAGAAAUUUGGAUUCCCGGAGAGUAAAGCUUCAAGUCUAAGGGUCGAACUCUUCAAGACUUAUGGAAGCACUCUCGCUGGUCUCAGGGCCUUAGGUCAUGAUGUUCAUCCUGAUGAAUAUCACAGUUUCGUGCACGGAAGAUUGCCGUACGGUUCCAUCCAACCAAACAGCAAACUACGAAACCUUCUGAACAAAAUCAAACAGAGAAAAAUUAUUUUUACGAAUUCGGACAGGGACCAUGCGAUGAAGGUUCUGGAGAAGUUGGGUUUAGAAGAUUGUUUCGAAGAGAUGAUUUGUUUCGAGACAAUGAACCCGAAUUUAUUCGGGUCAAAAACAACCCGACCCGAUGAGCAUCCCGUCGUCCUCAAGCCUUCGUUGACCGCAAUGGAUAUUUGCAUUCGUGUCGCCAACAUUGACCCUCGCCGCACGAUAUUUUCGGAUGAUAAUAUCCACAAUAUUACCGCGGGUAAAUCUGUCGGGCUUCGCACAAUCCUGGUGGGGAGAUCAGAAAAGACGAAAGAGGCUGAUUUCGCGGUGGAGACAGUAGCUGAGAUAGCUACGGCGGUGCCGGAGAUUUGGACGACGACUACGACCGGAUUUGACGUCGGCGGUGAAAGUGUCAGACGGAGCAAGAGUGAGCUGGAAGCAAUGGCUUCAAUCACAGCCGUCGGUGCGUGAUGUAUCGUGUCGGCGAAUCAUGACCGUUGGAUAUUUUUUAACGUUUAGUGGUUGAGAUUGUACAGAUGGCGUCAAAUCUCGAUGAUGCAUGUGAAUAAAAAUAAUAGUGGAUGGUGGAUAUAUGAUGACAUUCAUCCCAUGUGGACACCCAAAUGUGAAUACGCAAUGAAAUACCAAAUGUAUGAUGACGAUGAUUUCAAUAAGAUGUGUAUGUCCUUUCUUUGUUUUUCCUGUCAUAUGUAUUAUGUAUAAUAUUGUAAAAAUAGUUUGAAUAAUUUUCAAAACAUGCGAACUCUUGAGAUU